AGGCUCCUAUAAAAAGGAGCUGUUGGACAAAGCAGAGCUGUUUCUCACUCGAGCCUGAGCACAAGGAUGGUGCUCCUGGCUGGCUGCAGGGCUGGACAGAGCCGUGCUGGCUGGAGCCAGGCUGCAAGGAAGGUACUGGGGCUAAGAAGGGAAGUGGGCCAGGGAAAUGCAGCAGCAAAUAGUUAAAGUCUCUGGCAAGCAGUUGGUCUCAGGGCGCAUCUUCAGUGGUCAAGAUGCCAAGGACGGGGCCUGGCCCUGGCAGGUCAGCGUGCAGAGAAAUGGCUUCCACCUCUGCGGCGGCUCGCUCAUCUCCGAGAGCUGGGUGGUGUCAGGAGCUCAUUGCUUCAAUCCGUCUGUAGCUAGUUCAUCGUAUCGGGUGCAGCUGGGGGAAAAUCGGAUUUUUGGUCAGAACCGCAUCCACUCGUUCUCAUUGGUGAAGCAGAUCAUCCUCCAUCCCAGUUAUGACAAUGUCACUCUUGAGGCUGACAUCGCCCUGGUGGAGCUGAAGAAUCCGAUUGCAUUCACGGCCACCAUCAGCCCCGUGGGUCUCCUUGAUGCCUCCGUCCGUGUGCCUGCUGGGGAGACCUGCUGGGUGACUGGUUGGGGGAACACUUCCCCACAAAUGAAUUCUUCCCUAGCGGAGACGCUGCAGGAGCUGGAGGUGCUCACCGUAGACUCUACACUCUGCAAUGAUCACUUCCGGGAAGCAUUACAACAGCCUGAGGGCGACAACCCCAUCAAAGCUGACAUGAUAUGCGCCGGGUCAAAAGAAGGCUAUAAAGGCUUUGCUUGGGGUGAUGGCGGGGGACCCCUGGUGUGUAAGAAGGACAGGACCUGGUACCUUGCUGGGAUUGCGAGCUGGUUCCUGACGACGACAGUGAAUGGGGUAACCAGAGUUGUCCCUGGUUAUCCUGGGGUCUACAACCGCCUGAAUUCCCACAACGAUUGGAUCAAGGCGAACGUGCCUGGUGUGACUUUCAUUCCAAACAGUGCUCCUCCAACAGGGACCGAUCCCUCUGCCACCAUCCUCAGGGUCCUUCUCCUCACCAUGUUUCUGCAGCUGACCCUGUGAUCCCCCCUUCCUAGAUUGGGUCCCCAUCCCACACCAGCCCUUCCUCGCCCUUGGUGCAGAUAGACCAUGUCAUCUGUGACACUAGACCCAGUAAUCACACCCUACACACUAUUGUAACAAUGUUUGUGCAAAAUACUCCUUGUGAGGUAUCAUUUGAAAACUAAAAAUUCUCUGCUCUUUCAUAUCCUUGUGUGAUGUAUGUACGCAAGUAGUAUUAAUGGUCACUAAAAUGUGUUCAAACCAGGUGUAGCAGGGGUUAUU